CACACAUGUGACUCUCUCCAUGCAUGAGCAUAUAUAUUCCAAAUACUAAUCACACAACGGUAAUAAAUAUUAUCUAGAUAUUUUAUAUCACCCCACCUAUAUAUAACACUACCAAAUUCCCUAUCAAAAUCACUCUCAAAAAAAAUAAAAGAACAAUAGUAGUGAAAAUGAAUACUACUAACAGUGUUCUCGUCUUCUUCACACUUUCUCUCCUUUUCUCCUCUUCUUUGGGAGCCGUUCAAGAUUUUUGCGUAGGAGACCUCAAAGGUCCCCAAAGCCCUGCAGGAUACUCCUGCAAGACCAAGGUUACGGUAGACGAUUUCGUCUACCAUGGCCUGGGUGUCAAGGGAAACACCACCAACAUCAUCAAGGCCGCGGUAACUCCCGCCUUCGACGCCCAAUUCCCGGGUGUAAAUGGCCUUGGAAUCUCCAUGGCACGUGCUGACUUGGCCCCUGGCGGUGUUAUCCCGUUCCACACGCACCCCGGUGGCUCGGAGAUCCUAAUUGUGCUAGAAGGAACGCUUUGUGCCGGUUUCGUGUCAAGCUCGGCGAACCAAGUGUUUUUCAAGACACUUAACAAAGGUGAUGUAAUGGUUUUCCCACAAGGGCUUCUUCAUUUCCAACUCAAUUCAGGAAAAGGUGAAGCAUUGUUCAUUGUUGGGUUCAAUAGUCCAAACCCGGGUCUUCAAAUCACUGAUUUUGCUUUGUUCAAGAACGAUCUUCCCACCGAGUUGGUGGCAGCCACUACUUUCUUAGACGUUGCUCAGAUUAAAAAGCUAAAGGGUGUUCUUGGUGGAACUGGCUAAUUAAUAAGCUAGAGAGAGCUACAGCUACCAUUUUUAGUUUUAUUAUUAUGUUUAUUAAUGUGUACUCGUAAUAUUGUCUAGCUACGUUGUUUGUUGGUUUAUAUAUAUGUUUUGGUUUGAGAAGGACCUGUAAGUGUUGAGUACUUCUUUCUCCUAUUCUUCAUAUCGUGUUUGGUGCUUCUUAAUUAAUAUUCAAGUUGUACCUUUUUCUCA